AUGCUUUUUUUCCCCAAGAAUAUGGUCUUAUCAUAUCUUCCUCUGUGCAUUCAUUAUCUAUCUAUCUAUCUAUCUAUCUAUCUAUCUAUCUAUCCCUUCAUUAUGUAUCUAUCUUUGUCUUUUCAUAUCUAUUUUAGCCUUUUCAUAUCUAUCUAUCUAUCUAUCUAUCUAUCUAUCUAUCUAUCUAUCUAUCUAUCCCUUCAUUAUCUAUCUAUCUAUCUAUCACUUCAUAUCUAUUUUAGCCUUUUCAUAUCUAUCUAUCUCUUCAUUAUCUAUCUAUCUAUCUAUCUAUCUAUCUAUCACUUCAUUAUAUAUCUAUCUUUGUCUUUUCAUAUCUAUUUUAGCCUUUUCUUUCAUAUCUAUCUAUCUAUCUAUCUAUCUAUCUAUCUAUCUAAUUCUUCCUUAUCUAUCUUCAAUAUUCAUUCAUAUUUAUAUAUAGGAUUAUGCUUCAGCAAAGCAUUGGCCAGGAACCAAAACAUCUUUUCUUCUCUCCUUCAUCUCUUGCCCCCACCCCCUACACCAACCGCCCUUGACUACGUUUCCAUGCCCCAAGCAACCGUAAAAAAAAAAAAAUCAGGAGAAAAAUACUUUACUCACAACUUUUUUUUUGAAUCAUCUUCCAUUUUUUUUCUUCCAUGUUUAAAGCGCUUUCUCUCUCCACUCCAGAUAUUUUUCUUCUUUUACAAAUCUUUCCAUUCUCUUUCUUUCCAUCCUCCUCUUUCUCAUUUUCUUUGUCCUCUUCGGUUUUCCUACUCUUUCUUUCUUUUCUGUUUUCGCAAUAUCUUUUUCCUUUUUCCCUGUCUGACUUCCUCCUUUUUACUGUUGCUUAAUUUCUUGACCUUUUUCUCUUUUACUUAUUUUUUCAUCCUUUCUGUUUUCCUUCCCUAUCUUUCUUCCUCAUCUUCUUUUAUUCCUCAUUUUUCUCUCGUCCCCGUUCUUUUUUUCUUCCUCCUCUUUUCUUUUUCUUCUCCACUCUUUAUUUCUUUACUUAAUUUCCUUGUCAUAUCAUUUCUCUCUACCUCCUCUUUCUUUUAUCUUUCUUUCUCUAUUUCUCUUUUUUAUUUCCCAACUAACAUUUCAAAUUCUUCUUGUCAGACGGGCAACAAAGAUUGGCCCAACGUUAAAGCAGGGAUUGGCAUAUUAGAAGCGAAGUUACAGUUAAGAAAGAAAGAAAGAAAGAAAGAAAGAAAGAAAGAAAAGAUAAUAGUGGUGAUAAUAUUCACCCUCUUCUUCCAUCCACUAUCUUCCUUUUUUCUUUCUUUUUUCUUUCGUUCGUUCGUUCCUUCUCUCCUUUUUUCUUUCUUUUAUUCGUUCCUUCCUUUCUUCUUCUUUUUUCUUUCUUUCUUUGUUUCGUUCCUGUCUUUCUUCGUUUCGUUUCGUUUCUUUCAUUCAUUCAUUCUUUCAUUCUUUCUUUCUUUCUUUCUUUCUUUCUUUCUUUCUUUCUUUUGUUCCUUCUUUCCUUUCUUCUUUCCCUCCCUUUCUUUCUUUCUUUCUUUCUUUCUUUCUUUCUUUCUUUCUUUCUUUCUUUCUUUCUUUUGUUCCUUCUUUCCUUUCUUCUUUCCCUCCCUUCUUUCUUUUUCUUUCCUCUUUCUUUCAAUCGUUAGUUCUUCUUUCUUUCUUUCUUUCUUUCUUUCUUUCUUUCUUUCUUUCUUUUGUUCGUUCGUUCCUUUCUUCCUUCCUUCUCUCUUUUAUUCGUCCCUUUUUUCUUUCUUUCUUUCUUUCUUUCUUUCUUUCUUUCUUUCUUUCUUUCUUCAUCAAGAAGACUUUUCCAAGCGCAAGAGAAAUUCUGUUCAUAUCUAUCUAUCUAUCUAUCUAUCUAUCUAUCUAUCUAUCUAUCUAUCUAUCUAUCUGUUUGUAUCUAUCUAUCUUUCUCAAUCUGUUUGCAUCUAUCUAUUUCAAUCUGUUCGUAUCUAUCUAUCUUUGUUUAUAUCUAUCUAUCUAUCUAUCUAUCUAUCUAUCUAUCUAUCUAUCUAUCUAUCUAUCUAUCUAUCUAUCUGUUUGUAUCUAUCUAUCUUUCUCAAUCUGUUUGCAUCUAUCUAUUUCAACCUGUUCGUAUCUAUCUAUCUUUCUCAAUCUGUUUAUAUCUAUCUUUCUAUCAAUCAAUCUCAUUCGGUUUGUAUCUAUCUAUCUAAAUCUAUUUAUAGAUAUUUACUCAACUUAGCCAUUACAAGGCCAAGGGAACAAGGGAACAAGUUAGUGAGUGAGAACAUUGUAUUUUUUCGCUUAUUCUCUCUCACCCACUGCUUUAUCCUCAUCCAUUUCUCAUCUAUCUAUCUCAGUCUCUCCAUUAUCUAUCUAUCUAUCUAUCUAUCUAUCUAUCUAUCUAUCUAUCACUGA